AUGGAAUGUCUCCCCAUACGUGCAGAAGGACUCGGGCCGCUCGUUACCUUAUUGAAGGCGGCACCAAACCUGCAUCGAUUACGGAUUUCUCCCAUCCGGCCAGGACCGAUAUGUGCAUUGGAUAAUUUAUCCGAUGAAGUCUUGCAAAAAAUAAAAGUUAAAGUGUUGGACUUUUACCCCUCCGAGGACAACAUGUUGGAUGAAGACGGUAUGGGUCCUGCAAUUCAGACCCUUGCAAAGCUAUUUCAACAAUUGGAAGAGUUCAAUUUUUAUCCCAGAUUUGAUUACAUCGAUGACUACCCACAGACAGUUUUCUCGCCGGCCGACGUCAUUUUAUCUCUGAGCUCAGUCAGCACGACGUUAAAACGAAUAGAGAUUGACACAAGCGAUGAUUCUAUGCCCACAGAUCACACCAACUUGGGGCCGGCUCUUGCAACCCUAACAAAUCUUGUGACCUUAUCCAUGGAUGCGCAAUGCUUUUGCCACCACGAACCGGACCCUGAGUCGAUAACUCAAGACCAUGAUGUUAGUUGCAUAACGAGCAUCCUGCCAACCACUGUCAAAUACCCGUCUAUCAAGUUACGGAAAGGCCGAAAAUCCAUCAACGAUAUCGUAGAGCUGGGUCCUCAGGUUGCUGCCGGCAAGUUCUCAAACUUGAAUCGAGUCGAUGUUGUGCAUGGAAACUACACCCGUUUUUCAGUGGAGAUUUCAGACGUUGAGCGACGUCUCAUUCUCGCGGCGUUCAGCAACUCUCAGACCAAUGCGUAUUUUCGUUACAUGGGAAAUCAUACCCCCCGUGAAUAG